CCAGCAACAUGAGCACCAAAAUCAUCGUUAAAGGCCCCGUCGUCGAGCUCGAUGGCGACGAGAUGACCAGGAUCAUCUGGAAAAAAAUCAAGGAGGAGCUCAUUUUGCCUUACCUCGAACUCGACAUCAAGUAUUUUGACCUUGGCCUCGAGAACCGUGAUGCUACCAACGACCAAGUGACCAUCGACUCUGCCAAUGCCAUCCUCGAGCACAAAGUCGGCAUCAAAUGCGCCACGAUUACGCCGGACGAAGCUCGUGUCGAAGAGUUCAAGUUGAAGGAAAUGUGGAAAAGUCCAAACGGCACGAUUCGGAACAUUCUGGGGGGGACAGUGUUCCGUGAGCCAAUCAUUCUUCAGAAAAUACCAAAGCCAAUCCCUGGCUGGGUCAAGCCAAUUGUCAUUGGUCGUCAUGCGUUCGGUGACCAGUACCGAGCAACAGACUUUGUCGCUCCUGGUCCCGGAAAGUUGCAGCUUGUGUAUACGCCAACUGAUGGCUCCCAGCCGACCACGCUGAAUGUCUACGACUUCAAGGGCCCCGGUGUGGCCAUGAGCAUGUACAACACGGAUGAGUCCAUCGCAGGUUUCGCUCAUUCCUCCUUCAAGAUGGCUUUGGCCAAGAAAAUGCCUUUGUUCAUGUCAACAAAGAAUACUAUCCUCAAGAAGUAUGAUGGACGAUUCAAGGACAUCUUCCAAGAGAUCUACGAUGCCCAAUAUAAAGCGCUCUUCCAGGAGGCCGGAAUUUACUAUGAACACAGACUCAUCGAUGAUAUGGUUGCGCAAGCAAUCAAGUCUUCAGGCGGAUUCGUCUGGGCCACUAAAAACUACGAUGGUGAUGUACAGAGUGACAUUCUCGCACAAGGCUUCGGCAGUCUGGGUAUGAUGACCAGUGAACUUAUCACACCCGACGGCCAGAUCAUCGAAAGUGAAGCUGCUCAUGGAACAGUCACACGGCACUACCGGGAACACCAGAAGGGCAACGAGACCUCAACAAACCCUGUCGCGUCCAUCUUUGCUUGGACCCGGGGUUUGAUCCACCGGGCCAAGCUCGAUAACAACCCUGCUCUGCGUGAUUUCUGUCUCGAUGUCGAGAGUGCCUGUAUCGAGGUCAUUGACAAGGAUGGUGUUAUGACCAAAGAUCUCGCGUUGUCCCUGUAUGGUUCUAACAUGAAACGAGAACACUGGGUCGUCACUACCGCCUACAUGGACGCUGUUAUCACUAAACUCAACGACAAGAUAGCGAAGCGGGCUGCAUUGUAAACACAUCUAGUUUUGGAUCAGAUCUCAGUCUAUACCUCCGUAGAGUUAACACAGCUAACCUUGUACAUACUAAUGCAAAUCCUAACAAUGGGACGUC